AUGGUAACUAUUCGACCCGAUGAAAUCAGUAGUAUAAUACGUAAACAGAUUGAACAAUAUAAUAACGAGGUCCAAGUUGUUAAUAUUGGUACUGUACUUCAAGUAGGGGAUGGCAUUGCUCGUAUUCAUGGUCUUGAUAAAGUAAUGGCAGGGGAAUUAGUAGAAUUCGUAGAUGGUACAGUAGGUAUUGCCCUAAAUCUAGAAUCAGAUAAUGUUGGAGCUGUAUUAAUGGGUGAUGGCUUGAUGAUACAAGAGGGCAGUUCCGUAAGAGCAACAGGAAAAAUUGCUCAGAUACCAGUAAGUGAUGCUUAUUUGGGUCGAGUUGUAAAUGCGCUAGCUCGACCUAUUGAUGGUAAGGGGAAGAUUUCAUCUUCCGAAUCUCGAUUGAUCGAAUCUCCCGCCCCAGGUAUUAUUUCAAGACGUUCUGUAUAUGAACCUCUUCAAACGGGUCUUAUUGCUAUUGAUUCUAUGAUCCCUAUAGGACGCGGUCAGCGAGAAUUGAUUAUUGGGGACAGGCAGACCGGUAAGACGGCAGUAGCUACAGAUACGAUUAUAAAUCAAAAAAAUCAGAAUGUAAUAUGUGUUUAUGUCGCUAUUGGCCAAAAAGCUUCUUCCGUAGCUCAGGUAGUUAAUACCUUCGAAGACCGUGGCGCAAUGGAGUAUACCAUUGUGGUAGCGGAAACUGCGGAUUCUCCUGCUACAUUACAAUAUCUUGCUCCUUAUACAGGAGCAGCUUUAGCCGAAUACUUUAUGUAUAAAGAACAACAUACAUUAAUCAUUUAUGAUGAUCUUUCCAAACAAGCACAAGCUUAUCGACAAAUGUCUCUUCUAUUAAGAAGACCCCCUGGCCGGGAAGCUUAUCCAGGAGAUGUUUUCUAUUUACAUUCUCGUUUAUUAGAAAGAGCAGCUAAAUUAAAUUCUCAGUUAGGUGGAGGGAGUUUGACUGCUUUACCAAUAGUGGAGACUCAAGCUGGAGAUGUCUCAGCUUAUAUUCCAACUAACGUAAUUUCCAUUACCGACGGGCAAAUCUUCUUAUCAGCUGAUCUAUUCAAUGCAGGAAUUCAACCUGCCAUUAAUGUAGGUCUUUCCGUAUCUAGAGUAGGAUCCGCAGCUCAGAUGAAAGCUAUGAAACAAGUAGCUGGAAAAUUAAAAUUAGAAUUAGCUCAACUUGCAGAGUUAGAAGCUUUUGCACAAUUCGCUUCUGAUCUUGAUAAAGCUACACAAGAUCAAUUGGCAAGAGGUCAACGAUUACGCGAAUUGCUCAAACAAUCUCAAUCGGAUCCUUUAACAGUGGAAGAACAAAUAGCUAUGAUUUAUACUGGAACGAAUGGAUAUCUAGAUGCAUUAGAUAUCGUACAAGUUAAAAAAUUUAUCCUUAAGUUGCGCGAGUAUUUAGUAAAAAAUAAACCCCAGUUUGGAGAAAUUAUACGUUCUACUGGGAUAUUGACGGAACAAGCAGAAGGCCUUUUAAAAGAAGCUAUUCAAGAAAAUAUCCAACUUUUUCUUAUGUUGGGAAUAAGAUAA